GUAAGUGGACACAGGCUCCCUCCUCAAUACAGGGGGACUAUGUGUCAGAUAGCAGAGUUUCCCACUGUCAAAAGGGGUUGAGGUUGGGUUAAACACAUGAGAAUGAACCAGUGCCAUUACAGAUUGAUUUAACCAGAUUCUAUUGAUCCCUCUUCAUUCUCUGAGGCCUGACUUCGCAAAUCGGAUAUAUUAAUCCUUGUCUGUCAUGUUAAGAAUGAGUGGAUAAGAUUGGUGUUUUCAAAAUGUGGGAUUACUGUGUGAGCCAUAUUCCUCUUCUGAGUUGGAUAUUACCCCUGUGGAAAAUAUCCUGGUCGGUUUGGAUGUUACGAUGGCGGAGACGUAACGGGUGAGUUUUGGAUAUUAGGCGUUACCCAAAUUUUCGGAUAUUACCCCUGGAUCGCGCUCUUUGGAAGUAUACGCCAAUAAUGGAUUACGCAAGAUUUUUACCGGGAAAGUAGUCGUGUUCACGUGUUACCGACGUUUUGAAAUGUUUUCUUUUUCCUCCCUUUUAUUUGCUUUGCACGAUUAUUCCAUCACCCAUCCGGUCAUUGUUCAAACCGUCUGUCAUGGUCAGCCGUGGAUGUGUAUUGCCAGUCCAGUGGAUUUAAGAAGGCAAAAAACUCAAGACUCGUAAAGAUUGCUGGAUUUAGGACAGGAUUAAGGUGAGGUUGCCAUUUUCAGGGUUCAUGUGGAGUUAAGUGUUUGUCAGGGCUCAUCAUUUCCAUCUGUUUCACCACCCAUCAUGCUUAGAGAAGGACAAAAACAUUACCACAGCUCAGAACUGCAAACGGUGGAUAUUUAUCAAGAUCCAAAGACAUCUCAGCCUGGAUAGAGAAAGAUUUCCACAGCCUAAACGUUGGAUCUAAUCACGUGCUGGAUGUAUAGGUGUAGAUCAAACCCCGAGCACUUUGCUGGAUUACCUCAUCUCGUGUGGAUGUACACAACCAACAGCAUCUUACUGGACAUUAGAAAUAUCUUCAAGAUGAAAGUAGAUACUUGAGUUUCCUGAAGUUUGUUUGGAUGCUGAGGAACUAAUAAGUGGAAUACAGGCUGGAAUUACAGACUGCCUUUUUCCCUACAAAACUUUUUGCUGAUUAUUGUUACCCUGAAGUUUUGAAAAAUGUUUGGAUUACUCCUGCCUUUACCAGUGGAAAAUAACCAAGACAUUCUUGUAGUUAAUGUAAUGUUCUUUAACCGUUUCUGUCAGGAACACAUUUUUUAUUUUUCCCAACCUGUUCUCGAAUACUUUUAGCAUGUCUUAAGUCUCUGGACAGUCUCGAGCAAAGCGACUCUCUCCUUACUGGAUGAAGAAGAAUUUUUUUGGAUAAUGGGAAUCGGGACCUUAUCCUUCAUUUUUCCAAGCAUCGCUUUGCGGCGUCACUGUUUUUGGCUCACACAAAAUUCCUCCUAUAUUGUAUUGGGAAUAUGUAGGGUCAGUUACUGCUCUGAAAAGCAGCUCUGACAGUCGGGAGCGAGCGUAUGAACACAGUCCAUACGGACAUCAUGAACGCGGUGGCAGUUUUGAAAGGCCACGGCAUUACAACACAGACUAUUAUCGGGACCGGUCUAUGUUCGCCUCUGGAGUCACUUCGAGCCCAGCGGCUAGUUCUAUUAGUGGCGGCUUUGACACCCCAGAGUCUCACUUCGAGUCUCGAAUUCGUGACUCGUUUACACUUUCCGGUUCUGCUCGCCGUGACCCUUACCGCGAUGACCGGGGUCGGCGCACAGAUCGGGCAUACCAUCAUCGUCGGAGUCGGUCCUCGCACUCUUCCCAGUCUCGACACCCGUCGCCCCAGAGGAGCACGGGACAAACCCCUAAAGCAUCUCAUUCCCCUAAAAGAACACCAAUUUCACCUGGCAGGGGUCCGCGGUCACGUUCACGCAGUCGAUCAUCCAGCUCUGAUUCCGUCAGCAGCACCAGCAGCACAGGAAGUGGAAGCAGUGAUUCAAACAGCAGCUCCAGUGAAGGGUCUCGAGCUCGCUCUGUGCAGUCUGCAGCAACGCAUGCACCUCCGGCUCCUCCUGCACUCCCUCUGGACUCCGAUGAGCCACGGAGGAGCUUUGGUAUCAGGGUUCAGAACCUUCCCACACGGUCCACAGAUACAAGUUUGAAGGAUGGGCUUUUCCAUGAGUUUAAAAAAUAUGGGAAAGUGACAUCGGUGCAGAUCCACGGAGCAUCAGAAGAGCGUUACGGCUUAGUGUUCUUCAGACAACAGGAGGACCAGGAAAAGGCUCUCAAUGUGUCCAAAGGAAAGCUCUUCUUUGGGAUGAUGAUUGAGGUCACAGCCUGGAAUGGCCCCGAAACAGAAAGUGAAAACGAAUUUCGGCCCCUGGAUGGACGCAUUGAUGAAUUUCAUCCAAAGGCCACCCGUACGUUGUUCAUAGGAAAUCUGGAAAAGACUACCAAUUAUCAGCAGUUACUUGAUGUUUUCCAGCGAUUUGGAGAGGUCGUGGACAUUGAUAUCAAAAGGGUUAAUGGUGUUCCCCAGUAUGCAUUCGUUCAGUACUCUGAUAUUGCAAGUGUUUGUAAAGCCAUCAAGAAAAUGGAUGGAGAAUAUCUUGGAGCCAACAGACUAAAGCUUGGAUUUGGGAAGAGUAUGCCAACAGCAUGUGUGUGGUUAGACGGGCUGUCCUCUAAUAUUACAGAACAGUACCUCACACGCCACUUUUGUCGUUAUGGACCUGUUGCCAAGAUUGUGUUUGAUAGAUUGAAAGGAAUGGCUCUCAUUUUGUACAACAACACAGAUUUUGCUCAAGUGGCUGUUAGAGAAACCAAAGGAUGGAAGAUUGGAGGAAACAAAAUUAAGGUCGAUUUCGCUAGUCAGGAAAGUCAAAUGGCUUUCUAUCGUUCUAUGCAGUCAUCAGGACAGGACAUCCGUGACUUUUAUGAUAUUUCAUCAGAGAGGAGAGAUGAACGGAGAACUCCAUAUCAUGACUUUCCUGCAGAGAGGGCUUAUUAUGAGAAUGUGCGGACUCCUGGCAUUUAUGCCGAAGACCCUCGUCGAGAAUACUCUGGUCGUGGCCGUGAUCGCUAUCCAGCAGAGUUGGAUCAUUACCAAGGGGACCACUAUGAUCCCCGGUACCAUGAGGACCCACGUGAAUACAGAGAUUAUCGGGACCCUUUUGAGGAUAUCAGAAAGUACAGCUAUAUCCAACGGGAACGUGAGCGGGAGCGGGAACGCUUUGAGGCAGAUCGUGGCAGAUGGAGCCCAUCUCAUCAGCGCCGCCCCUUGACUCCCUCUGCUUCACCCACACCAUCUGAACGUGUAUCACGGGAAGCCGAAAGACGGGUGUACAGGCACUCUUCAGAGAGAUCUGGAAGCUGCAGCUCUUUAUCUCCACCACCACCACAACCUCAACCUCAAUUUGAGAAGUCUGUAAAAUCACCAUCAGACUACAAAGCGGAUGAGCUAGGACGAGAAUUGGAACAGACUGAAGCAGAUCGUUUAAGUGGGGCUGAGAACAAGAAGCGUGGCAGACGCAAAGAGAAAGCUGACAGGGAGAAAGGAGAGAAAGCCAAACAAAGAAGAGGUAAAGCGCAAUCGCCUAUUGUACCUCACUCAGAAUCGGAUAGAGAGACUUGUCCAGAUUUAGGUUCUGGAAAGGUAAAAAUUUCAGACAUGGAGACCCAAGAAAGACAAAAGCAAAAAGAAGAUAACGAGCCCCCUCCUGCUGAGCAAGUGACUCGCCAUGAAUCGCAAAAGGGAGAGCGACUCGAUCAGGGUACAAGUGAGUCAUUGGAUCGCGAUGGCAAAGGAAAAACAAAGAAACACUUCAAAGCUGACUCUGGUAGUGAUUGUAAAGAUUCUCUUUUGGAUUCAGACAGACUUGCAGCUAGAAAGAGACGAUUUGGUGAUCCCAGUGGGAAAACUAUAAGACAGAAAAAGGGACGUGUGGAUGAAGAUCUGGGUGGUUCAGACUUUGGGCUAAACACAGGGUUUGCAAAAGAUAUUGAUGUUGAUGUAAAAUCAGAGAAAGAGGCUCCAAAAAGAGAACACCCCAGAUCCAAGAUGGCGUCUCAUUAUAGUCACAGGGAAGAGCUUGAUACAAGUAUGACAGGGGCAUCUCAGGGCCCAUUGGUACGACAAGGUGAAAUGGCUGAGGUGGAUACUGUAGAUUUAAUAUCUCAUCCUGGGUCAAGUAUGUCUAGACAAUUUUCAACUGAUAUAACCUCAGAAAAGGAACAUAAAGUUAGGGACGAGUAUCCUGAGAACAUUGACCUUUCUCAGAGUUACCGCAAGCAAAUGGAGCAGAAUCGGAGACUUCGGCAACAGCUGCAGGAGCCUGAUAAACCAGGAAAAACAGACCCCCUUCAGGGUUUAGAUGCAGAAGAUCUUGAACAUCGUAGCCUGGUACAUGAAGUAGGUAAACCUCCACAGGAUGUAACUGAUCAUUCUCCUCCAAGUAAGAGCAAGAAGCAAGAGACCGUUGAAAUAGAUAUCAGUGCUAAGAAAGAAAGGAUUUACCGAACAUUCAGGCAAAAGAGUGAAGAGACUGAGUGGAAUAACACAAAUUCUCCAAGAUUUCAGCAUGUCCCUCAACAAAGAGAGGAAGAAUAUACCGACACCCACAGCCAAUUGACUGUUAAAGAGGUCAAAGAGCCAUCUAGACCUGAGGAUAAUUUUCAGCCAGGUCUGGAGCUUGCAAGUAAACGGAUGCAUACUUCACAGAUGUCAAAAAUAAGUACAACUCCACAAGAUGAGCAGCAAAGAUGCUGGGAGAGUCAACUGAAGCAAGACCUGUUGCCAGAUUAUUCAAGAAGCUCAGAGAAAAGACGUCUCAAUCGAAAAUACUUGGAUUAUGGACUUUGGCCUGAUUUAGAGCCUGGAGAAGUGCGUUCAGACUCUGAAGAGGAUCGUGAAAAUAAACCUAAUGCUCCGUCAACCUCAGUAUCUUUCUCAGAAAGACAUCGUACGGACAGGCUGUCAGAGUCUAAGUUGUUAACCUCUCUUGAGAGAAACAAGUUUUGUUCCUUUGCAGAUGAUCAAACCAUCACCCCAGAUACUAAAGCUCUGUUAGAGCGUGCAAAGUCUUUGUCCUCAUCAAGAGAAGACAACUGGUCUUUUCUAGACUAUGAUUCACAUUUUGCCAGUCUCAGAAAUCGAAAGGAGACAGAAAAAGUUGUAACAACACCACGACCAACACCCUCAUGGUAUAUGAAGAAAAAGAAAAUUCGAAGCGAGUCGGAUGACAAAAUAGAUGACAGAAAAGAAGAUCCAAAGCCAGAAGAACAGGAGCGGCGAGAGUUAUUUGCAUCACGCUUUCUUCACAGCUCUAUUUUUGAGCAAGAUUCAAGGCGCCUCCAGCAUCUGGAAAGAAAGCAUGAAGACCCUGAACAGGGUGCUGGAUAUCUGUACUCUCAGCAAAGCCUAGCUGAGGGGCAGCCAGAGCCAGAACCAGUUGUGCUUUUCCAUAGCCGCUUUUUAGAAUUUACAAGGUUGCAACAACAGAAGACUAAAGAACAAUGCCAUCAAGUUCCCAAGCAAGACGAAAACAUAGAUGGGACCAGAUUAGGUAAAAUACUAGAGGAAGGACAAGAGCCUCAACAACAAAAUAUCUCUGAAACUAAUAUACCUCAGACUGAGGUGAAAUCAAUUAGUCCCCUUCAUGCACCACAAACUAGUCCAGUUCAGACACCUCAAAUAUCACCAGUUGCACUUGCACUCAAAGAAACUUUGCCAAAAGUAGAAAAGGAAUGUGAUGAUGUUCCUUCUCGUAUUUUCCAUGAGCCUUCUGUGAAAAAGGAAAAUAAAGAGCCUGAAGAGCCCUCAGCUCAGUCAUCACACCCUUUGUUUGAGGAAAGCUUUGAAUCUAAUGCCUUAGAGUGCCAAGAAGCAGAAACUCCAGUUCCUGAGAUAAAAUUGUCAUUAAAGACUCAAGAACUUGACCACACCCAUGAAGAAGUUGCAGAACAGGUCUCAAAUGAUGAUGCACUAUUAGGUAAUGCCCAAUCAAAGGCUGAGCCGCUGAUAAAAUUACCUGAACCACCUAACUCCCCCUUACAUGUCCCUGCUAAAGAACCUGAAAAAGAACCUGAGCUGUCUGUUGCAGAGGCUGAACCUAACAGUGCAGAUGGUCAGAAAAGUACUGAGCACUGUGCAAAUGAAGACGCUGUUUCACCCCCUCCUAAGUCAAGGAAUAAAAAGUCUAAAACAUCACCUUCCACACCAGCAACAUCUACAAUUUUGCCUGCUACCCCAGACAAAGCAAGCACCCGAAAAAGUGAGCGCAUUGACAAGGAAAAACUAAAACGUUCUCCAAGAGUUGAGGCAUCCAAAGCAAUGCAUGAUUCAAAGUCCAUUAAUAAAUCACCAGUCCACAGCUUGGAUAUGGAGCAAGGUACAGAGCAGACAUCCCUGCCAGUAAGGGCAAGACGUAGGAAUGUGCGAUCGGUCUAUGCUACACCAAUUGAAGAUGAAUCUGCUCCACAACCCGUGAAAGAUGUAGAAUCUCCUCGUGUUGCACGCAAACGUGUUGCAGACAAAGAUGUUGGAUCAGACGUGGAGAGCCAUGUUGCAACCAAACGGGGACGCCCCCCCAAGAAUCGACGGCAUGCAGAUGAUGUGCUAGCGGGUAAAGGUGAGCGAUUAAAAUCUAAUGAGACCAAGGAAUUCGAUAGUACUGAUAUAAGCAGUGAGGGAGUUUCCAAAGUGGGUAAAGGCAAACAUUCACCCCACGCACAGAAAGGAAUAAAUCCAGUAAAUGUUUCAGCAUCUGGAUUUGGAAAAAAAGCAGACAAAACGGAAAGAAUUUCAGAAAGCAUGAAACUUAAUACUGAAGAAAGCGCUCUUGUUCUCAAAAACCUUAGAAUCCAGCUUGAUGUGACAGAGGUAAAGGCAAUGCUUCAAAACAGUGAGGAUGAACCAGGAAAAAAUGACGAAUCUCUCAAAAAGAGUUCACCUGGUGUUUCGUCGAAAGACCAGUUAACAGAAGCUAAAUUUGUAAAUGCUGUAACAGAUGAGGAUGGUAAUAGUGAAAAGGUGGCUUUACCUGAUCCAAUGAACACUGUUGAAUCACAUGAUGCUUUGUUGUCUCGAGAGCUGGAGCUUGAGCAAGCUGUUGAAAAUAUUGCCAAGCUGACAGGAGAUUCUUCCAUUGAGUUUAAAGGUACCCUGACAAAGGCACAAUGUCCAUUAGCUGAACUUUCUAAAGAACCAGAGCGUGACUUAGAAGAAAAGCCUGCUAAUCCAUCCAGCGAAACAGAACUUGCUGCUGCAAUUGAUUCCAUAACAUCAGAGGAGGCACCUUGCAGUUUACCUCAAGAACAAAUUAUUAGUUCUGUUGUUGAUUCAAAGCCUGAUGUCCAGACACAGGGGCCUAAUUCUAAAGUUUCUGACACAUCUGUUAACAAAGCUGUUGUUCAGGAGGAGACUAUGACUACUCCCAAAAAGGGAUCUAAAGGUAGACCUAAAACUACAAAAAGAGCGAAAGGUCAGAAAGCAGCUGUUAGUAAAAAGGAGCCCAGCAAAGAUAUAGUUUUGGAUACUGAAAGCACCCCAGUGAAGUCACCUGAGGUCAUACCUGCAGAACUUCCAACAAAAACCGAAAGAUCACCAACAAGUACUACUCUUGUCAUUACUUCGUCAUCCAAGCAGGGUAUAAGUUUGACAGCUCCUAAUGUAACCUAUUCAAAUGAACCUGAGAUGCCUCUCAAAACUGAGCCUGAUGUUCCAAAGUCCUCUCUAUCCAUCAACAAAACUCCAUCUUCAUCCAAAUAUCAGCCUUAUUCAUAUGAGAACAUGUCACCUUCAUUGUCUCCAACAAGAAUCUGUCUCAGCAAAAAUUUGUCAUCAAGUAACCCAAGUAAGCUUUCUGUUACCCCAACAGACCGUUGUAAUCCGCCAAAAGAAGGUGGGAUCCUCUCCCCUCCACCAACCUCUGUAGCCCUUGUGGAGGGUCCAGCGUUACCCACAGACACACCAGUUCAUGAUGUCAACCCAGGUGAUUUACGUAAAAUCCCCACCAAACCUAGGGUUGUACCAGUGUUGGAAACUAGCACCACAUCUGUGAGUGUGCCUGCUCAUUCUGCAAGGGAAAAGGAGAUUACUCCAGAAGCAGUAACCAACAAAAGUGCUCCUCAGGAUAACAGGCAACUGUCAGUUUCGUCAGUUUCUGCCCAACCUGUUGUUAGACAGCCUCCUUCCAUCCCAUCUCCAGAAACAAAGCAGAUCUUCAAUGAGAAGUCAGUAAUUUCAGUUAUUGCUUCCACUCCUACCUCUGUAAUCAGCCGUGUUUGCAAUCCUCCUGACACCGAAGAGAAGCCAAACGCUCCAAUGGGAAACCCCUUUCUGGACAAACAACCUCCAAAACAGAUUUACCAGCAAAGCUUGGAUGAAAGCAUCACUUACCAUGGUCCCGCAGUUGGAGAGGAAGGUGGAAAUGCUGGUCGCUAUAUUGUGGAGAGUACAUCUUUGAGUACAGGCUCUAGCGCAGGACUUCGAGUUCAGACAUCAGAAGGGGUGGUGGUACUGAGUCAUUCUGGGCAGAAAAUGGAGGGGCCACAGCGUAUAAGUGCCAAGAUUAGUCAGAUCCCUCCAGCUAGCGCUGUUGAUAUAGAGUCACAGCAGCUGGGAUCUAUGCCACAGAUUAAGCAGGAGCUGUACAGUGCCUCCCAGCAACCUACUUCAAAAUGCCUGCUUCCCUCAGAUCAUGGUCACUCCAUAAAACCACAGCUAAAUGUCUCGAUUAAGCAAGAAUCUGCCCUGGACAAAUUAGAAUCGCCUUACACAACGGUUCAAACUGGGGUUGUUAAAAGAUUGCAACAAACUGCUGGUCCAUCACAGGUCAUGGGUUACCUUCAUACAGAAUACCCAAUGGUUAUGAAGCAUGCCAAAAAAGGAGAUGGUUCAGAAUCCCUCAAUGUGGAUAGUGUGAAACCUGCCUGGGUCUCAACUAUUAGUCCUGCUAUAAGCCCGCAUCUUCCUUCAGCAGCAACAGCAGCAGGCAAUCACGUUGGGUUCAUGCCUGGCACACCCACAGAUCGAGCUCCAGCCCUCAUUCAGUCUAAACAGGAGCCGAGAUCUCCACGGAAAUCAGGACACCCUCAUUCUCCAUUUGCCAAAGUAUCCCCUAUUGGCUCAUCAUCUCCCAAAGGAGUGUCUAUGGUCCUUCCACCUGGAUUAGCCUCUCUGCCCCAGUAUGUUCCCACCGUUCAUCACUCUGAGCAGUCUGUGAUCAUGCCUCCACACAAUGCUCAUGGCACCAUUGGAAGAAUGUCGCCACACCGUGUUGGCCCAAUGGGACACCUUACACAGAGUGAGGUAAGAGUGAACACACCUCCUCUCUCUAUGAUGAACUAUGGAAUUCACUCUGAGAGCCUCAGUUCCUCUUGGCCUCCUGGACAGCAACGUCCCACAUCUCCUCAGGCUGUGGGAAACCGGGAAAUGGUUCUUAAAGUUAACCCUGCUAAUGCAAGGAGCCAUGAUGGAGGGGAAGAUGACCCAAGGCGUUUCCAUCCAGCUCUUGGGCGACCACCACCUGCUGCUCAACUAAAACCUGAAUCCAUACCAGCAGAAUACCGAGGAGCUCUUCACACCAGUUUACCACUUGAUCGAUUUAAUAUUUCACAAAGGGACAUGCGAGUGCUCAUGCACCACCAGCAGAGUGAUCGGCCAGCUACAGAACUACACCAGGGACACAUCCCCGAGAAUAUACCACCUUCUUCAACUCCUACCAGCAUGGCAGCAUCUCUUUCUCCUCGGCCACACAUAUUAACAAUGGGAAUAUCUGACAAGGACACUGCAAAAGCAUCCGAGCUGAAGAGGGCAGCGUCACCUGGUAAAGAAGGAUUGAUGGCAAUCCGUAGCACGAUGCCUCCCAUAGCCUCUCCUCAGAGAGUUCAGCUAAUGGCAGCAGGAGUUGGAGCAUCUUUUCCUGAAUAUCCUUCUGUGUAUACAAACCUACGGCCUGCCCACCCUCAGUUCGCUGACGGUUCUUCAAUUGGAAUUAGUCAUUCCCCACUUGGUGUCGCACCAUCCCAAGGUGUUCAAGAGCCAGAGUCAAACCAAGCACAGGCUGAAGCUAAAGUGGAGUCAGGUGGACAUCAGCCUGUAAACAUGGUGCAGCUCCUAACUAAAUAUCCUAUUGUGUGGCAAGGCCUGCUUGCACUGAAGAAUGACACUGCAGCAGUUCAGCUGCACUUUCUAUGUGGAAACAAAGCUCUUGGCAUGAGGUCAUUGCCUCUCCCAGAAAGUGGUGGGAUUCUUCGCAUUGUACAGAGGAUGCGACUGGAGGCCCAGCAAUUAGAGGGAGUCACUCGCAGAAUGACUGGGGAAACUGAUUUCUGCCUGCUGUUGGCCAUGCCCUGUGGUCUUAACCAGGAAGAUGUGCUGAACCAGACACAGGCACUCAAAUCUGCCUUCAUCAAUUACCUGCAGGCCAAACUGGCUGCGGGCAUUAUCAAUGUCCCUAAUCCUGGCUCCAAUCAGCCUGCCUACGUGUUGCAGAUAUUCCCGCCUUGCGAGUUUUCCGAGAGUCAUCUUUCAAGGCUAGCGCCAGACCUUCUCAGCCAGAUCUCCAGCAUCUCUCCACAUCUCAUGAUUGUCAUCACAUCUGUGUGAUUCGCCCGCUACAAUGCUCUGAUGUCACCUUGCUGCCACAAGGACCACAGUCUUUGAUCUGAAAGUUCUAUAUAUCAAACUCCUUAACGGAUCAUUUUCUCGUGUCUCCGAGCCACUGGCAGGUUCGUCCGUCUACGGCUUAGCUGCGUCUCUGAUUUGACUUCAUCAUGUUUCUGCAGUGUUUGUAUUUAUUGACAAAGUUAAUUUUUGUUCACGGAAACACUUGGAUGAAAACAUUAGGAUUGACAUUUUCUUCAUUUGGUGAUUUGAAUCUAUUUUUUUGAAGAAUGAAUCGGAAGUUAUCGUAACAAACUUGUGCGUGUUUUUUAAAUUGUCAUGUGGUCGCUGAACAUUGGACUCAGUGUCUUCGAUCACCCACAUGCUCCAUGUUCCCGUCAUCAAACACAUGCAGGAUUAUGGAGUUUCUGGAUUGCCGGACUGUAAAUAUUUUAAAUAUUUAAAACUUUGGCAAGAUGAUCCAAGCCCAAACGAGUCGCCCUUUACUUUGAGCUGUGGAUCUUACCAUAUUUUGUGAUGAGAAAGACAAUUGAGAAGUCAAACAAAAUCAAGUUGGGAUGUAAAUACUUGAGACUUAAGGGGCUGGAAGCUCUUUGGUGGGUUUAUCGUGGGCACUUCAAAUUUUCUUACUCAAAUAAAAAAGGUCCAGAAAACUUU